AUGUCGCAGAAGGUGGUUGUAGCUUCUGGAUAUUUUGAUCCCCUGCACUAUGGCCACAUCGAGUACUUGCAACGAUCACGGGACCUCGGUGAUAAGCUCAUCGUCAUUGUCAACAACGACACUCAGGCGAAGGACAAGAAAGGCCAACCCUUCAUGCCUGCACGAGAGCGGGUAAAGCUCGUUCGGUCCUUGGCCUGCGUCGAUGCAGCCAUCGAAGCCAUCGAUCAGGACCAAACAGUUCGAAGAACCCUCAGAUUACUCCAUCCGGAUAUCUUCACAAACGGUGGGGAUAUCAAGAACGAGGAUGUCCCAGAGGCUGAUGUUUGCCGAGAGCUGGGGAUCAAGCUGAUAGAUGGCUUGGGAGACAAAGUACAGUCUUCGUCCUGGCUGAUCAACAAGAUCGCCAAGCCAGCAGUUAAUGGUACCUCAUCAG